AAGCGACCAUGAAAUACAACGCCAUCUCUUGAGAAAUUAGUUAUAUGUUUAUAUAUAUUAUCAGUUUGUUAUUGAAGAAAAGUAUAUAAAAAUGUUAGGAAUAAGUUUAUUUUCAAAUAUUUCUAAACGUUUGUUUGUUCAUUUUAAAAGAAUAGAUCAGUUAAAAUGCUCUUUAGCAUCAAGUCCUUUAUCAUCAGUAACUAGUAAUAAGCAAGGACAAAUGCUCCUUUACCAGAACUCACUUCCUUCACUUCCAGUUCCACCUUUGCAUCCAACUUUAGAAAAAUAUUUGCUUUCAGUACGUCCAUUAUUAAAUGAAGAAGAAUAUCAUCAAACUGAAAAAAUUGUACAAGAAUUUGGUUCACCUGGUGGUUUGGGUGAAAAAUUACAUUUUCUUUUGGAAGAAAGAGCAAAGAACUGUGAAAAUUGGUUAUCUGAAUGGUGGUUACAAACAGCAUACCUUGAAUAUCGUAUGCCAGUUGUUGUCUAUUCUAGUCCUGGGCUUGUCUUUCCAUUACAAAACUUCACAUCACAAGUUGAUCAACUUCGUUAUGCAGCCAAACUUGUUUCUGCAGCUUUGGAAUAUAAAUUAAUGAUUGAUCAACAAGUGCUUCCUCCUGAUAUGAUGGGUAAUCAGCCUUUAGAUAUGUCUCAAUAUUUAAAAAUAUUUUCAACAUGUCGUAUUCCUGCUAUUCCAUCAGACCGCUUAAUUCAUUUCUCAGAAGAACCUGAACCACCUAAACAUAUAACUGUUGUUCAUAAUAAUCACUAUUUUCAGGUAAAUGUGUUUGGCAAUGAUGGAGCACCUUUAAAUGAAAGGCAAAUUUUUUCUCAAUUAGAGUUAGUUGUGGCUCAAUCAAAAUUUCCAAAGAAACCUAUUGGAGUAUUAACAACAGAGCACAGAGAUACAUGGGCAAAAGCAUACAAGAGACUUUGUAAAUGUAAUUAUUUGAAUAAUGUGAAAAGUACUAAAAGAUUACCAUCAGCACAAAUUGAUUCUCCAAAGAAAUUAAGAUUCAAUCUGUCUUCCGAUACCUUAGCUGAUAUUGAAGAAGCAGAAAGAGAUUUAGAUGUAUUAAUUAGUGAUUUAGAAAUGUCAUGCUUUCAAUAUCGAGGCUUUGGAAGAGAAUUUGUAAAGUCACAACGAUUAAGUCCUGACAGUUUUAUUCAAAUUGCCUUACAGUUAGCAUUUUACAGGCUUCAUAAACAGCUUGGUCCAACUUAUGAAUCUGCUUCCACUCGAAAAUUUCUUCAUGGAAGGACAGAGACAAUUCGUUCUGCUUCAGUUGAAGCCUUAGAUUUUUGCUUAAGAAUGCUUGAUAAAACAGCUGCAUCUCAUGUAAAGGCAGCUGCAUUACGAACUGCUGUUGAUUCACAUAAAGAAUAUACAAAUCAAGCUAUAAAUGGUCUCGGUGUUGAUCGACUUUUACUUGGAUUAAAGAAAUGUGCUAUAGAAAAUGGAUUAAAUGUUCCAGAAUUAUUUAUGGAUACAGGAUUUCAGACAAGUACUCAUUUUAGGCUUUCAACUAGUCAGGUUCCAUCAAAAUCUGAUGCAUUUAUGUGUUAUGGUCCAUCAUUUCCAGAUGGAUAUGGUUGCUGCUACAAUCCGCUACCUGAAUUUAUUAAUUUUGGAGUGUCGGCUUGUAACAGCAGUCCCGAAACUCUCUCAUCAAAAUUUAUGGAAGCUCUUGAACAAAGUCUUACAGAAAUGCACGAUAUCCUUUUGCUGUCCCAAAACUCAAAAUUGUAAUUGCAAUCUUGAAUUUUGAGAUAGAGGAAAAAAAUGUGAUAUUAAAUCUGCUAAAAGCACAUUCACUAAAUUUUGUUGUAUAUCAAGAUGUAGUGGAUGCAUUUAUUGAAUUGCUGUUUCAUACUUUAAAAUAUAUUGCCAAUGUAUGAAAGUAAUGCAAAGUAAUCUGAAGCAUAUUGCAUCAGACAUCAAUUUAUAGUAUAAAGAAAUAAUGAUAUACUUUCUAAAUAUAUAGUAAUUUGAAUGUGAGGAAUAUAAAUUUGUAUUGAUGGUAAGUUUGUUCAUAAGGUAGACAAUAAAAUUAGUCAACAUUUUCAUUAAUAUUUAAGUUAAUUAAUUUUAAUAAAUUCUUUUAUUUUAGAGAGAUUGUUCAAUAUUGAAUUAAAACAAUUUGCUUAUUAUUAUUGGAAUUUACAAUUUAAACAUCUGGUAAAUAAUACAAGUAUUGAAACUUUUAUAGAAAUUAUAAUAAUUAAAUUUUCUGUAUUAAAUGCAGUAAACUUUGUCAAGUAAUUAAUUAUGUUGUUAUACAAAUGACAUAAAAUUGUUGCAAGCAUUACUAUAAACAUCAAAAUUACAUUUUUAAAU